AUGAACACACGAUCUCAGAAUCUUCCUCUUGAAGAUUUUGAUCCAGAGAUUGAAGCCACGCUCCACCUCAACAACAACAAGAAAAGAGAAGCCACACUAGACACGAUGGCUGCCACUGCAGAAGAAGUCCGGGCGUUGAGAGAACAGCUGCAGGCAUUGUUGGAUGCUCAGAAAGAUACUGGCGCGCAGAAACAUUCCCCAAUCAAUGAGGCGUUCACCCCGCAAUACUAUUUUCAUGAGCCUCCAAGAGUUAACGCAAACAAUUUUGAGCUAAAGACUGGUUUAAUCACGAUGGAAGGGGCCAAGACGGCAAAAGAUGAGAGUGCACGGCUGAUUGAGAAUAAAUCUGAGGAGGUCACUGUUGAGGUUUCUGGCAGAAAGAAGGAGGAAAAGCAGAAAGCUACUUCGCCAGCAACUGUGACUAUACCAUUCCCUCAGCGCCAGAAGAAAGAGAGGAUGAAAGAGCGGCUCUCUAAGUUUUUAGAGAUCUUUAAGAAGGUGAACAUCAAUAUUCCGUUGGUGGAGAUGUUACUAGAGAUGCCGCAAUGUGCCAAAUUUCUCAAGGACAUAGUCUCACGAAAGAAGAAGUUGGGAGAGUUUGAGACGCAAUUUAGAAGGUCACUCUGCGACUUGGGGGCGAGCAUCAAUCUCAUGCCGUUAUCUGUUUUCAAGCAGCUGGCGAUUGGAGAGUUGAAGCCGACAUCUAUGAGGCUGCAGAUGGCAGACAAGUCGGUCACCUAA